CCCAGCUCGCGCCACCAGACGAGACACCGGGGCAGCACCAGACGGACGCCAGGGACCCCGCUUCCGCGGGCAGGCAAGCGAUUGACAUGAAGCAUUGCCUACACCUUGUGGCCGCCCUCUUUGCUGCGGAAGCCAUUUGCGUACUUCCUUGCCACAGUGCCAAAAUCCUGCUGGUGCCCACCAUCGUCUUUGACAGCCACCUGCAUAACUUUGUACGGAUAGCGGAAGCGUUAAGCAGCCGGGGUCACGAUGCGGCCGUCCUCCUUCACGAAGGUCGAGUCAUGGAGCCUUUCCCCCGGGGCUACAGGGUGCAAGAUUACCAAGGGGUCUUCAGCACGGAAAGCGCCGACGACUGGCUGCAGGAGUUGCUGAAGCGAGUGUUCGAGGGGAAGAUGACCUCCCUGCAGCUCUUUUCCAUCUUGGAGAAGUACCUGGAGAACUGUGACUUGAUACUGGGAAAUAAAACCCUCCUGCAGCAACUUCAGAGGGAGGACUUCGACUUGGUCUUGGUCGAUACCAACGAAGUGUGUGGCUUCAUUAUCGCCCACGUCCUAGGUGUGAAAUAUGUGGCGCUCUCCACUGGCUUUUGGUUUCCUGCUGAGAUUGGAGCCACUUCACCUGUGGCCUAUGUCCCCGAAUUUAACUCCCUGAUGACUGAUCAGAUGGGCUUUUUCGGCCGGACUUGGAACAUCGUGGUUUUCGUCAUCUCUCGUGUAGCCACCAGGCUGUUCAUCAUGCCCAAAUUUGACCACCUAAUGGCGAAACAUGGGGUGGAGCCACAGAAAUCUAUGCUGGAGAUUAUCCACGGCACGAGCCUCUUUUUCCUGUGCAACGAAGUGGUGCUUGACUUCCCGCGACCUUCGCUUCCCCAUGUGGUUUUCACCGGGGGGAUUCUCACAGAGCCUGCAAAGCCUCUCCCAGAGGGCCUGCGUCUCUGGAUGGAAGCCGCAGAUGCUGGUGUCGUCGUAGUCUCCUUUGGAAUCGGCAUACGAGUCCUGCCAAAAGACCUGGUGGAAAAGAUGGCCGGGGCAUUUGCUCGCCUUCCCCAGAAGGUUGUGUGGAGAUACUCUGGUCAGAAGCCAUAUAACUUGGGUGAAAACACACUGAUGAUGGAUUGGCUGCCUCAGAACGAUCUGCUGGGCCACCCCAGUGUGAAAGUCCUUGUGAGUCACUGUGGCAUGAACAGUAUAUUUGAAGCCAUUUACCAUGGGGUUCCAGUUGUGGGCUUCCCUUUCUAUGGCGACCAGUUUGAUAUUAUGACUCGAAUUCAGGCGAAAGGAAUGGGUAUCCUAGUGGACUGGAGCCAAGUGACAGAAGAAAGCCUCUACCAAACUCUGUCCACAGUAACGACUAACCCAAGUUUCUCCAAGGCUGCCAAGAAGAUCUCAGAAAUCCACCUGGACAAGCCCAUGCUUCCCCUCAACCGGACACUCUACUGGCUGGAGUACGUCCUUCGCCACGACGGAGCUCCAUUCCUCCGCCCUGCCCUCUACAGGCUUUCCUUUUAUGAGUAUUACUGCUUGGAUAUUUUGGCGGUGCUGCUGCUGUUUGUGGGAGCCAUCGUCUACGUUGUCCGCAGGCUGAGAUUGCGGUACAGGAGGUCCGAAGUCAACCCAGCACACCUGAAUGGCCACGUUUUGAAUGGGCACAUUCUGGAAGGGAAGAAAGUGCAGUAGGACUUGGCCCUGAUCUGGUCUGAGUAGACUGUUUCCUCUCUGAACAGAAUAAUAGAUAAGGGCGGUGAUAAGGCCAAAAAUGGAUAAGGCUGGACUUUGUGGGAACUUUGAGAUGGGAUCUGAGUCUGUGAAAUGCUGGAGAGGAGGACAUCCUCUUUGCCAUUCUCCCAUGCUAUGUAAGAUGGUGAGGAGAGAGAAUAGAUUAUGCUUUUUAGAGUGAGUGAGUGAGUAGCUGUGGAAUGCCACUGCCCCAUAUUCUGUAAGGAUAAAAGGAGACCCUUUAUUAUUAUCAUCGCAAGGAAUCUGAAAAGUGGUGUUUUAGAAGUUUGUUUCAAACGGCUGGUACUCCUCGGCUUUCCUUGGCACACCGCACUCCUGCCUUUGUGCGACACUGCAUCGGUUUUUUAAAAAUAAAUAAAUAAAAUAAACCGCAAAUUGCUUCCCUCCAACCAGGGUGCGGAUGUGAAUCUGAAGGCAGAAGCAGAUAUUUCAGGUUUGUGGUUGGGAUUGAGGUGCGACUGAAGGCAAUCUGCCCCAUCCUCCGCUUCAAGGGAGGGCAUCCCUCGUUCCUCGACGAGAAUGAUCUAAAUUAUUGGGAGGAGUUGGGCAAGCAAGGUUCUGCGCCACUAGAGCCAUUCAAAUAACUGAAGGAACACUGCCCUUUCCUCCUACAUAUUGUACCGGCCUCUGAUUUCCCUCCUGAAACCAGCUCUUUUGUUGUUGCCUCCCAAAGAACUGCUCUCCUAGGCCUUUCCUGUCCCCACUUGGAAUGCCCAUGUGUUGCAAACUUGGAAGGGAAAAGGAGGCAAACAGGGAAUGGUCAAGGAAGGAAGGAGAGAGGGGGGGGAAGAGGAUGGGUGCUUCUGACUAUGUGGGCUCCUUUCCCCCUCUCUAGUCCUUCUCUUUCUCCUAGCAGUGACUUGCAAGAAUAGCAGUAACUCCCAAGACUUGAAGGUGCCACAAGUCUGUUUGUUGGUUUUGCACAGCGUGCUAAUGCAGGAGUUGUGGUUGUGUUUUGUGACAUCUCCCUGGUUCCUUCUCAAGUUUUAGAAGCCUCCCAUCUGCAGGGUUACGGUUGCAUAACAAGCGGCAUCAAAAAGGUAGCAGUCUCUGCGUUUUUCCUGCCUCCAUCUCCAUUGCAAACCCAGGCAGUGUUGUGUGCCCCGCUC